AUGAAUAAACUGGAGGUUGACGCUUACUUUGAGCUUCUUGAAAGCAUAUUGACAGUAGACGAUGGUGUGUUGACACCGAGUUGUAUCUUCAACAUGGACGAGACUGGUCUUCAGCUUAAUAAUCGACCAGGGCAUGUUCUAGCUGAAAAGGGUUCUAAGGCUGUAUCUACAGUUACUUCGACUGAAAAGGGAGAAACGAUUACAGUUAUAGCCUGCUGCAAUGCUGAAGGUACAUUUUUACCAUCUGCCUGUAUCAUGAAAGGCAAAAACAAAAAACCUGAGUUUGAGGAUGGGACGCCACCGGGAUCGAAACUUUUCAUGUCCCCAAAAUCAGCGUACAUUACCUCAAAUUUAUUUAUUGAUUGGUUGAAAACACAUUUUGUUCCGAGGAAACCAGCUGGAAGAAUACUUCUUUUACUAGAUGGUCAUUCAACUCACUGUAAUUCUGUGGAAAUGCUGGAAUAUGCAAAGGACAAUGACAUCACCUUACUUUCAAUGCCAAGCCACACGUCACACUACCUCCAACCACUAGAUCGUACGGUGUUUUAA